GUUCAUUCCAUACGCAUCGUUCAAAAAUAGUUAAUGCUGGGAAUUUGUAAAUAUAUAUCAGAUCUACUGUAAUUGGUUGUGGCAUGUCAGGUAGUCGACGAGUAGGGUGUAUUGUUUAACGUUUUAGCUUAAAUAACGUUUUUACAUCUGAUGGUACAUUCCGGGGGAGGCAUUUGGUUCUGUGUUCGUUCAGCGGCUCUACCAGGGUUACACUCGGGGGGGCUGCUCAGCUAACGGCUACCAUCAAUGGCGUCCACGGAGAUAGCGAGGCAAGCGGGAGAAGGUGCCCGUGCCGUACCUCUCGCCGGCCAUGUUGGCUUUGACAGCAUGCCUGACCAGCUGGUCAACAAAUCUGUCAAUCAUGGAUUUUGCUUCAACAUCCUCUGCGUCGGCGAGACGGGCCUGGGCAAGUCCACUCUGAUGGAUACGUUGUUCAACACCAAGUUUGAGGGUGACCCCACCCAGCACAGCCAGCCUGGAGUGACGCUCAAGUCCAACACCUACGAGCUGCAGGAGAGCAACGUGCGCCUGAAGCUCACUGUCGUCAACACCGUGGGCUUCGGGGACCAGAUUAAUAAGGAAGACAGUUAUAAGUCCAUCGUAGAGUUCAUCGAUGCCCAGUUUGAAGCGUAUCUUCAAGAGGAGCUGAAGAUCAAGCGCACACUACACAGUUACCAUGACACCCGCAUCCACGCAUGCCUCUACUUCAUUGCUCCCACGGGACACUCACUCAAAUCCCUUGACUUGGUGACCAUGAAGAAGCUGGAUAGCAAGGUCAACAUUAUCCCAAUCGUUGCCAAGUCUGACGCCAUCUCUAAGAGCGAGCUGACCAAGUUCAAGAUCAAAAUCACCAGUGAGCUCGUCAGCAACGGCGUUCAGAUCUACCAGUUCCCCACUGACGACGAGUCCGUAGCCGAGAUCAACUCCACCAUGAACAGCCAUUUGCCGUUUGCAGUGGUGGGCAGCACAGAAGAGGUGAAGAUUGGGAACAAGAUGGUGAAGGCCCGCCAGUAUCCCUGGGGUACGGUGCAAGUGGAAAACGAGAAUCACUGUGACUUUGUCAAACUGCGAGAGAUGCUGAUCCGAGUGAACAUGGAGGACUUGCGAGAGCAGACGCACACGCGCCACUAUGAGCUGUACCGCCGUUGCAAGCUGGAGGAGAUGGGCUUCAAGGACACAGACCCCGACAGCAAGCCCUUCAGUCUACAGGAAACGUAUGAAGCUAAGAGGAACGAGUUCAUGGGUGAGCUGCAGAAGAAGGAAGAAGAAAUGCGGCAAAUGUUUGUCCAAAGAGUUAAAGAGAAGGAGGCGGAGCUAAAAGAAGCAGAGAAAGAGCUGCACGAGAAGUUUGACCGCCUGAAGAAGUUGCACCAGGACGAGAAAAAGAAACUGGAGGAGAAGAAGAAGUCCCUGGACGACGAGCUCAACACGUUCAAGCAGAAAAAGACGGCAGCUGAGCUCUUGCUGAAUCAGGCCCAGCAGGCGGGGGGCUCCACCACGCUCAAGAGAGACAAAGAGAAGAAGAAAGAAGGAUUCCUGUAGAAAAGCGACCCCUUGUGGCCACGUUGCUGUGAAUGAACAUCCCUUACUAUUCCCCCACACCCCACUCCCAAAAUGUGUGAGCAUUUGCUCAGCUGGACUUUUUUUUUUAAAAACAAAUAUAUAUGCCACUUGUUCAUGCUGGAUGAAGCUUUGUCUAACAACCACGUGGUUUUCUGGACAGGCCUUUUUUUUUACACACAAAAAAUACAUUCCAUGCUUUUUUUCCUAUGUAGUGACUCUCUUGCAUGGCGUUUGUGGAGUGUGCUUUAUUUUAUUCCAUAUUAACACACAACAACAUGACGGGUAUAUGGGCAUGAUGGGCACAAAUGUACCGCGUCCAAAGCCAAACAUGUGUCACAUACUUGGGACGUGAAAAGGAAGAUAAACACGGUUCAGAUCACAAAUAAAUGAGUUUUGUUAAUGUAGCGUGUGGAUUGUAAAGUAAUAUGUUGGUGUGGUGGAGUCUCACUCGAAUUAUAUUUAAUGGAUGUGGUAGAAAGAAUAUGUACUUUGCUGUAAAUGCAUCACAAUUGGUUUUGUGUGUUUUGAAAAAUUGGGGCGACACUGAAAAGCAAACCUUAUAGCAUGAGGAAAAUAUGUUGACUUUACAACUUUUCUUUGUAAUAUUAUGUCUUCAUACACUGACAGUUCCAGCUAUUUUAUUCCUAAUAUUGAAAUUUUAUUCUUGGGAAAUUUCAGCCUUUUUUAUCAGUUGCAAAAUAACAGUGUUCCCUUAUAAAAUUAGGACAUUUCUCCUCGUAAUAUUACAUUUUCUUUUCAGUGUAGCCCUAAAAUGGUCUUCUUAUGAGGGGCAUAAACGUGCUCGGUGCUGAACAUCAACUAGCAGAAAACUAGCUCUAAACGUAGCAUUUGAAAAUGUACAAAUAAAUCCUCACCCAUGCUCACUUUUAUACUUCUUAAAAUUCCCCGUUUCACAUCCCAAUCAUUUGACAGUUUGGCUUAGCCGUUAUCUCUUUACCACAUCUCCCUGUACCUCAUCAUGUGUUUUUAUACUUCGUUUUUUGUAUUUGUGAGUCACAUUUGCACAUAAAAAAAGAAAGAAAAAGAAAUAUACAAAUGUGAUGUUAAGUACCGUAUGUAUUAUUAUUAUUUUUUUUUUGGUCUUGUUCCUAUGCGUUUAUGAUGGCACAUUUUAGUUUGUACCUGUUGUUUUUUUAAAGGACAAAUAUUUUCUCAAAUGGUAAAUAAACCCUUUUUUGGCUUUUAUUUUUUCCUUCCAGCAGAGGUGCUUUGUGGUCGGCGGUUUUACUGGUUUGUGUGUAUUUCCUUUGCAGUUCUCCCUGGCUCUGCACAGAGUAAGGGACCAUCUUCAAAUUCUGGCAGUUUUGAGGGACCACUCUCCUGCGUCCCUUUAAAUUCCCCCUUUUUAUGUCCUCUUCUGUUGCUGUCACUAACACAUUGUCCACUUUGCUGACAGUGUUGGAGGCAAUCACGUGCAUUCUAACCACACUUUUCUCCUCCUGACGCCAGAUUUGUGCUUCUCUAACAGCGACAUCUCUUUUGUCUU